AUGUAUUAAUACUACUCAUCAAGAAGCUCUAAUUAAGAAAACGAUCGCAACAGAUCUUUUGGGAACAUGCUUAAUUCCACCAAAUCUGAUACUCUUUAGACAGAUUAGAAACACUCAGGAUGUUUACAACGCCUGCAAUUGUUAGUCUAAGAAUUAGAUCGAAUGGCUGAAGCUUAACAGAGGGCCAACCAAGAAAUAGCCUCACUGAGGUAGGAAUUAGAAUAAGCAAAGCAAAAUAAUCAAACUCUGGUCUUGAAUAAUGGUUUCGAUUCAGAAAUUCUUGAAGAAUUAAAGCUAUAGCAAUAAAAAUUUAAUCAAUACAAACAAGUCAAAGAAUAAUAGGUUGAAUAAUUAGAAAAUGAACUUCUCUAAAUUCAUAAACAAUUCAAAGAAGAGAAGCUGAUUCGUAUGGACUUGAACCAGAAGUUUGAAUAGAAAUAAAUUGAAGUUGAUUUUUUAUAGAAAGAACUAUAAAGGAAUGCUGAACAACAUCAAGAUCAGAAUGAUAGUGGCAUUCUUAAUUAAUUACAUGAAGAUGUAAUUGAGUUGUAAUGUCAAAAUAAAGAACUCAAAAACAUUAAUUUAGGUUACCAAAAACAAAUAGAACAACUUUUAGAAAAUUAAUAAAUCAUGGAAUAAAAAUUAAAAUAAUAUUAAGCUGAAAUAUCAUUCUAACCAUCUCCCAACAAAAGUCAAUAUGAAUUCUCACCUUAAUACAAAACAGAAUCUAUUAAAAAAUAUAAUAGAACAAAAACAAUGUAGCCUAUGGAUUUCGUAGAUCAUCAAAGUCUUAAUUAAUAACCAGCAUCAAGACCAUCAUUAAAUGUUUUUCAAUAAAGAUUAUCAAUGGUUCAAAUAGGAUAAACAAAUGAUUUAGAUACACUUUAAAAUUAAUAAGAUACUAUUAAAAAAGAUACUCUUAGAAGCAAACCUAAACCUGUGGAAAACAUAAAGUAUAGCAAAAGCAAGUUUGCUCAAUAAUUUUGA